AUGUUUCGUGUUUUGAUGCAUCAGAAUUUGAUCAACCUGACCCAAACGGCCCGCCAUACUGCAGCGCUCUCUCUGCCCUCUUUAAACAACACUCACAUGUUAUUUAAUAGAUCGUUUGUGUGGUUUUGCGGCCGAAACCGUCGCGCGCGGUCUGCUCACCCGCUGGAAAUCCUCGUUGGUGAACCAUCGCUUGGAAAAAUGGCUGGUGUGUUUGAUCUGGAACUGAACGAGCCUGAACACUAUACCAGUGAAUAUCUGGAGCAUUAUAACAACAUCAACAAUGGCAUGAACGCUAACGGUGGUGCAUCCAGCCAGAUGGCUGUGGAUCGUCAGGAUGACGAAGAGAAAGAAACUGUUGAACUGUCCGAGACGAUCGUCAAUCCGAAUACGCGGAUUGGCCCGGAAUCAUUCGAACUGCUGAAAGUCCUGGGCAAGGGAGGAUACGGGAAGGUUUUUCAAGUGCGAAAGCUGCGUGGUCAGGAUCAAGGGAAAAUAUUUGCUAUGAAAGUUUUACGGAAGGCGUCCAUUGUGCGCAGUCCGAAAGAUAUGGACCAUACCAAGGCCGAACGCAACAUUCUUGAAGCCAUUAAGCAUCCGAUGAUCGUCGAUUUGGUUUAUGCAUUUCAAACUGGUGGAAAGUUAUAUUUGAUUCUGGAAUACCUUUCUGGAGGAGAAUUGUUCGUGCAUUUGGAACGCGAAGGGAUCUUCUUGGAGGAAACCGCAUGUUUUUAUCUCUCGCAAAUCACAUUAGCCUUGGAACAUCUCCAUAAGAACGGGAUCAUCUAUCGGGAUCUAAAGCCGGAAAAUAUCAUGCUCAAUGCUGAAGGGCAUGUUGUUUUGACCGAUUUCGGCCUCUGCAAGGAAUCUGUCUUUGAAGAUGGGCGAACAUUCACAUUUUGCGGCACCAUUGAAUAUAUGGCACCGGAAGUACUAAUGCGCUCUGGACACGGAAAAGCCGUUGAUUGGUGGUCUUUAGGCGCAUUAAUGUUUGACAUGCUCACUGGAAGUCCUCCAUUCGUUGCGGAAAAUCGCAAGAAAACUAUUGAUAAAAUUCUGAAGGGAAAACUGAUCCUUCCAGGAUAUCUGACCAAUGAUGCGAAAGACUUAAUCAAAAAGUUGCUCAAGCGGCAGGCCUCGCAGCGACUAGGCAGCGGUCUGGACGAUGCGCGUCCUAUAAAGCAGCAUCCCUUUUUCAAGAACAUUAACUGGAGGGAUUUGGUAGAACAUCGUGUCGAUCCACCGUUUAAGCCUUCUGUGAUGAGUGACGAGGAUACAUCCCUGUUCGAUAAACGCUUUACGAAGAUGACCCCUGUUGACAGUCCAGUGGACAAUGUCCUUAGCCAGUCCGUUAACAAUCUUUUCCAGGGGUUUACUUACGUGGCUCCUUCGAUUUUGGAUAAUUUUGACGAAGAUCCCGAUUGGACCAGCAGUGCAUCGCACCGCAACCGCUCCUUUUUAAAUGCUCAGCACUUGCACAGUCAUCAUCCGGGCGGAAUGGAUCAGCCGUGACUAGCGUCGACUUCACCGCCUUUCCUUGACCGUGGCAAGAAGCGAACCAGACUAAAGCGCUUAUUUUAUGCUUUCUUUUAUUAGUUUUGUUUAGAAAGUUUUGGAGAUUUUAGUUGUAUUUUCUUGGACAUUUUGACCUGAGCUUUUAGUAACUGCGUUACAAUUGUGGCCUUAACUUUACUGUUUUAUUUUCCGUUUGACGUUUGCUUUUCGAUAUGUGGAUUUCUAAUUGAAGAACAUAUUCUUCGCUGAGUACUUUGAUUGGCCUUCAGCGGGGUUUGUCAGUAAGAAAGUGGAAGAUGUGGUUUCUUUCUUUUGUAAAGUGCGGACAAAAGGCUUGGAGGAGCGAAAA